UUUUGACGAUUCUGAAACCAGAUAAUGUUCAUGCAUAACAUCUAGAUAAUAACUUAGCAGUUUUGGAAUCAUUUGCAGUAAUCGAUCUCUUUGUUGUUCAAUAAACUGUUAGUAUAAAGUGCAUUUCUACAUCACAUGACAGUAGAUGUAGUAUAAAUUCUUGAUAUUAUGUGCUGACAAUUUGGAUAACCUGUCUUUUGCCAAAAAACAUCGACAUUCGUUAUAUCUGUAAGGCGACAAAUUUUAUCCUCGAGCACGACGAUCUGUUGAGUGGAUAAUGGCAUAUAAUUACUGCAAUGGAUGUGUUGGGAAAUAAGAAUUAGCAGCUACUGAGAGUGCUUUAUAGCCCAGUACUUCCGAAAAUGGUUAUACUGCAGAAGCCUUCAAAAUGAGAUAUUCCACUCAUACAAUAACAAAAGUGUCCUUAUUUGUUGGGGCCACUGCUAUCAGCACAAUGGCUCUCGCCGUGGCUACUCAUAACUGGAUUAUAGCGGACGAAACCACAAAGCCUUUAAUGCCUAUUGGAGGUGAAAUGGAAGCAAAUGACACAUUUCUGAUGGAGUCUCCUGCGAUCCCCUAUCUAACGAACAUAACAACACACUUUGGACUGUGGCAAGUUUGUAUGACUCUCAAAAUGUGGUACCCUUCUAACCCAUUCCCAGACUGGAAUGACACGGCUCCUAAUGUGAUAUGUCAGAGUUUGUUCGAGUACGAAUCGACAUCCUCUGAGGACAAAUCAAAGCAAGAGACAACAUUUAAAAUAGCUGAGUCUCAGAGGAAUACCGCGCCUUUCUUUGUGGUAAAUCUAUGCUUGAUGCUAUUGGCCGCCAUUUUUCACGUUGUGGGUGUGGUCAAACAGAAUAGUAGGACGCUCAUCGCAGGAAUCAUUUACAUCAUCGCAGGCCUGUCCACGGCGGUUGGGAUUGUGUUGUACAUUACAUACGUUAACGACGGCGUCCAUUAUGCAGACCCAGAGAAGGAAGAUUUACAUUUCGAAUACCGCUAUGGCUGGUCCGCUUACGUACUCACAAUCUCUUACUUGUCCUCACAAGUGGCUGCAGUCCUCUGCAUUACGUUAUUUUUAAAGAGGUAUCCCAAGGUUGACGAUCUGGUGAAACUAAUUCCAGGACUUGACAAGAAAGUGCCCCCGACAGAUACUGCUGACGCAAUAUGCGACCAUGGAACAUUGAUAUAGGACUAUAUUAAAGACUUCUUCGUGGUUGUACUAAAACAAAAUUGAUUACAAAAUACAUCUACAUUAUUAUGCAACGUGUCAUUUUAUGAUUCUGGGACAUAAAUCUGAAGUUGAGCAUGAUUUGUAAUUGAAAUCCCAUUUAGCCAAUAUUUUGAAAACAUACCUAUGUAUUUUGUUGGGUAAGUGGGAAUAAACCUAGCUAUACGCCAUACUGACUUUUAAUUCUUACGUUGGCUUAAAAUUAGUCAAGGGACUUUUGACCGCUUAAAUCCGACUUUAAAAUAAGUUGGGGUGUUUAAGAAAGAUUUUUUGUAUACACCCCUUUAUACCUAUCAUUGUACAAAUAUGCACACCAUGCAUCCAUAAGAAGAAAGACAAAAAGUGAGCAAUA